AUGUUUUCUCUUUCGCUAUCUUCCGUCCUCCUGACUGCGCUUUCAUACACGGUUCAUACAACAUGUGCAUACACUGUUUUAGACAACCAAUGCUGGCCAGAAACCACACUGCAGACCACUACGCUCCAGUCACAUAGGACUUCUACACCUUUCAGGAUCGUCGAAAUCGUGAACUCCAUCACUACUGAUUUCAGACCUCCAGUAUUCUUCCACCUUCCCUGGCCCUGGUCCUACCCGCCGCUGUGUACCUCUCCCCUUCCUAGCAUACAAUCUAGCCUGUGCAUCUAUACCAGCACAACCUUUGCCUCUGGCCGCGGCAUCUCAGUCGUCACUACCCCAAAACUAGCUGUCCAUCUCGCUUCCCUUCCUGCCUUUACAGACCCUUCCUUGCUCGAGACCGACAAAACCAACGAACCCAGCGGCUCAUGGUUCACAUCCAGCAUCCCCGAUAAGGGUAUUGGAACCCUCGCUCUGCACGAUCUAGCACCGCAAACACAAAUCCUGCGCUACACACCCGCAUUCCUAGCCUAUCUAGAGGCUGACCUCACCACCCUGGACCGCGAAUCCCUCUGGCAGACGGCAAUCGAUCGCCUACCCAGCGCAACGCGCCUCUCCUUCCUUAGUCUAAUGUACAUCUACGGCGAUCCGCGCGUGCGCACACAAGACAUCACCAAAGCCAACACCUUCCAGUUCUCCAUCGCCGGCACCAACCACCUCGCCAUCUUCCCUGAGACAAGCCGCCUCAAUCAUGACUGUGCGCCCAACAGCCAAUACGUGCUGGAUCCGGAGCUGCUGACGCAUACGGUGCGCGUUAUGCGGCGUAUCCCCAAGGGCGAGGAGAUCACCAUCGCGUAUACGAGCCCGCUCGAGCAGGCGGCAGACAGGCAGGCGCGGUUGGUUGAUGGCUUCCACUUCGAGUGUCGGUGUAGGAGAUGCGUGGAUGGGGCGCGCUCAGAUGCAGUGCUCAAUCGGAUUAAUGAAUUGCAGGGGCAGCUGAAUGAUUGGAGUGCCGCGUCGCGGGCGGGUCCGGAGAUGGCCGAGGAGUUGGUGCAGAUGUAUGUCCAGGAGGGGUUGGAGGGAUUCUUAGAUGUUCCGUUUGGGUUUGCGGCGUUGGCAUGUAAUGCGGUGGGGACAGUGGAGGAGGCGAGGGUAUGGGCUGCAAAGGCUAGGAGCGCGGUGCUGAUGAAGGAUGGGAAGGGUGCGGAUGCGCUGAGGAUUUGGAAUAGCUUGUUGAGUGAUGCUGAGGGGCAUUGGAGCUUCAGGCGGCGGCUUUGAGGCAUAGAUCUGAC